AUGAACUAUCCACUUCACCACAUCUACAACCCCGUCUCGCCUUCAAUCCCCGCCAUGGCGUCCACUCCCACAAACCGCCGUCCCGGUCCUCCUCUCCCAAGACCAGUCUUCCAGAACCCCGGGAAACCUGCCAGUACGAUUCCCAUUCCAACGACACCGGAGGAGUUGCCCGCGAAGUAUAAGGCUGCCCAUACAAGGGUCAAACUAAUCAUCAUCGCUCUGCCCAUCGCCAUCGUCAGCAGUUACAUGCUCUAUAAACGAGUCUACCUGGGCGAACAACCCCGCGCAAAACCCAUCCCGGACAGCGAAAGACGAAGAACGAUCAGAGAAAUCAAUAACUAA